ACAGCUCGACUCGCCGCGUUUAGCUUCUGGACUCAAACGAGCCGUUUGUCCCUCGAAUCCAUCCAUCGGGCGUCCGGAGACACCAGAAGACGAACGUGAGAUGAUGUGGUGAAAAGAAGCUCAUCGACCGACUCGAGCGGGGCCGCUUUAAGUCAUCAUGGUGGACAUCGCCGUGAAGAGCGGAGCGGCUUGGACCUGUCUCACCCCGGGACAUCAGCUGGCUCAGGUGCUGCUUCCUGUCCACGUGGGGGACAGCGAGGACGGAGGAGAGGACCCCCCUCAGCCGGAGGGAGACGACACAAACUGGGGCGGCCCGGUGCUGCUGGAGCAGACGGAGGAAGGGUCCCCCUGCGUCCUGACCCUCCGCUGCCCCCCCUGCUCCCCCACCGCCAUCAGCCGCCUGCUGGUCGUCAGCGAGGCCAGAACCAUGGAGGCCUACGACCACACGGGAGAAUACUGCGCCACGAUUCGGGGGGAGAGGGACGACCGCGUCCAGACAGACAGUUCAGACAGAGGCCCUUUCUACAAGAAGCAGCUGAUCCUGGAGCCCCCGUCCUCCGCCUGUGAAGUGAAGCUGCUGUCCCUGGGCGGUCGAAGCAGUGUUCUGGUGUGUCGGGUCAUCGUGGGCCUCCAGAGGCCGCCGCCCUGCGUGCCGCGCGGUGCCGGCAUCGACAUGCAGCAGGUGCAGUGUCUGGUCCAGGAGAUGGGGACCAGCCUCUCGCCGGGGGCGCAGAACCUCAUGGACAUGGUGCACCUCCAGCAGAAGAACCGGAGCAGCUCCCUGGGUGGCUUCCUGCCUCUUCUGAUGGGAGGUGGGCUGUUCUCCGCCCUGGCUCAAGGAGCCAACAUCUCUCCAGGAGCCGUCAGCAACCAGCAGCAGCCUGCAGACUCCAGGGUAUCACCUCCGCUCGGCUCCAUCAGGCCUUCAGAUGAAGGUCCUCGGGCGACGUCAGACGGCUCCACCUCCACCUCCUCCCCGGACCAGCUGCUUCCUGGUGGCGACACUAAGAAUACAGCCUGCGCUCACACUGCAGGUCCAGCGAGCCACGCCCAGCUGGCCGAGAUGAUGUCCCGCCUCCUGCAGGGGGGGGGCCCCGGCCCCGAGCUGCUGCCCGUGCUCCACGGCCUCUGUGGUCAGGUGACCAAGCUGAGGCUGGACGACGCCGCGGCGCAGGCCGAGAGGGAGCAGAUGAUGAGAAACGGCUCGUGGGAGCUGGACCCGGCCAUGGAGCGCCGUCUGGAGGAGAUGGAGAAGAGGCUGAAGGAGCAUGUGGACCGCCGCCUGGACGCUCUGGAGCAGAAGCUGGAGAAGGCCCUGCUCGGCGCCCUGAGCCCGGGGGACACGAGCGGCUCCGCGGGGGGCGCCGCGUCCACGGGACGGCCCGAGCAGAACCCCCCCCCGACCACGCGCUGAGCAGCGCCAGCAGGAAGACGGGCUGCUGGACGCCGCACUGGGAGACAGGUGAAUGUCCCGCAUGUCUCACCAGCAGCUGGAAGCACCUCAGCGACCACAGGAGCAGCUUUUUAAGGCCAUUUGAGUCCGUUGAUGGCGCCGUGUCAGGUGUAAACUUAACCAGCAGCCCUUAUUUAUUCAUCACUGAUCCAACAGCUUAUGUAUGUGAUCAUAAUACCACACUGUAAUGUUUUAAGUAAUGUACAUGUCUGUAACAGCGUCUACAAGUUACUAAAAGAACAUUUGUACUUGUUGUUGGUGCUUUUACAGUAAUAUUAAAAUCAAUACAAGUAUAUUUAUACAGA